CGGCGGGUCCUUUCCCGCUCAGCGGCGGAAGGUGUGUGGCGGCGGCGGAGGUUCGGUUCGGUUCAUGAAUUGCAUCACUGUUGCUUGUGAAGAUCUGCAAGGCAUGUUUUCUUCCCACCUAUAAUCAGUUUUCUUGAUUUACAGGUUUUUAGCCCAUUUCUUGGUAAAGAUGGCAGCCAACAAUGCAGUGCUGAACAGACUGGAGCAGAAGGGUGCAGAGGCCGAUCAAGUUAUUGAAUACCUCAAGCAACAAGUUGCUCUGCUCAAGGAGAAAGCUAUCUUGCAGGCAUCUCUCCGAGAAGAGAAGAAGCUCCGUGUGGAAAAUGCUAAACUGAAGAAAGAAAUUGAAGGGCUGAAGCAAGAACUGAUUCAGGCAGAAAUUCGAAAUGGAGUAAAACAGAUUGCUGUUCCUCCUGGUACAACCGUUCCUACAGCUUCAUUUUCAGAUGAUAUUUCACAACCUACAGAAGUCACAUCAUCUCCUGGUUCCAAAGAUCAAAUUAAAGGUGAAGAUGAAGAAAAGAAAAAGAAGGAAAAAGUAGAAAAAAGAGGUGAAAAGAAGGAGAAGAAACAGCAGCCAGCUGCUGGAAGUAGUGAUGCAAAACCUGUAGAUGUUUCUCGUCUGGAUCUUCGUGUUGGCUGCAUUCUUACUGCUGAAAAACAUCCGGAUGCAGAUUCUCUGUACGUUGAAGAAGUGGAUGUCGGUGAAGGAAGCCCAAGGACUGUUGUCAGUGGUUUAGUGAAACAUGUUCCUCUGGAUCAGAUGCAGAAUCGGAUGGCAAUACUACUCUGUAACUUGAAGCCUGCAAAGAUGAGAGGAGUAGUAUCUCAAGCAAUGGUGAUGUGUGCCAGCUCCCCAGAAAAAGUGGAAAUUCUCGCUCCCCCACCUGGGGCAGUACCUGGGGAUAGAAUCACUUUUGAAGGGUUUCCUGGAGAUCCUGAGAAGGAGCUUAAUCCCAAGAAGAAGAUUUGGGAGCAAAUCCAACCUGAUCUUCAUACCAAUGACCAGUGUGUUGCUACAUACAAAGGCGUUCCAUUUGAAGUGAAAGGGAAAGGAGUCUGCAGGGCAGAGACCAUGGCAAACAGCGGAAUUAAAUAAAUAAAUGGCUAUUGAAAGCUUUUUCAGAUGUUGAAAUGGAAAGUCCUGCAAACAAAAUAAAAAACAUGAAUAUAUUACCCCUCUGAAA